GUGGGGGACGGGCGGUGCAUGUUGUCAAGGCACCGGGUGCGAAGGGGUCUCGCAGAGCGGCGUGUGCUACUGAGGAAGCCGGCUGCGCAGCGGCAGGAUGCGGGUGGCGAACUGGCUCUGGGCGGCGCUGGCUCUGAUCCUGCUCCCGGGCGGCAGCCGGGCCCUGCGGGAGGGGGAGUGCGAGGUGUGUGUUACAUUCCUGGGAAGGUUCUACCAGAGUUUAAAGGACAAGGAUGUUGAGUUCACACCAGCUAGUGUUGAAAAAGAACUUUUGAAAUCCUGCAAAGAAGCAAAAGGCAAAGAGAACCGACUGUGCUAUUACAUUGGAGCCACCAGCGAUGCAGCCACUAAAAUGGUUAAUGAGGUAUCAAAACCUCUGAGUCACCACAUCCCUGUGGAAAAGGUCUGUGAGAAACUGAAGAAGAAAGACAGCCAGAUCUGUGAGCUAAAAUACGACAAGCAGAUUGACCUGAGCACUGUGGACCUGAAGAAACUGAGAGUGAAAGAACUGAAGAAGAUCCUAGAUGACUGGGGUGAAACAUGCAAGGGCUGUGCAGAAAAAUCAGACUAUAUUCGCAAAAUCAAUGAACUGAUGCCUAAAUAUGCACCAAAGGCAGCCAGUUCACGGACGGAUCUCUGACCAAUGGAGUGGCCUCUGUCAUAUAGCACCUCGUACAAACUACAUUAAUCUCUCUGUUUUGUUUCUUAUAAAGCCUUUUUUGUAACUUA